CGACGAGUGUAAAACCAGCGAGCAGGUAGCGACACGCUUUUUGGGGGGACAUUCAUGGACGUACUCGCCCCUCGUUGUAUCGGAUGAUUGGGGAAACCCGCAGCCGCAGGAUUUCUCAGAUUUACGAUGGGCGACCGCGUCAUCACGCCGGGACCCUACCGAGCGACUAAACUGUGGAAUGAGGUGACCCGUUUGUUCAGGUCAGGUAUGCCUCUUAGGAAACACCGCCACAAUUUCCGUGUCCAUGCCGCUUGCUUCACUGCCACCUCUGCUGUGGACUGGCUGCACCAGCUGCUCCGUAGCAACAGCAAUUUCGGCCCCGACGUCACUCGGCAGCAGACGGUGCAGCUUCUGAAGAAGUUUCUGAAGAACCACGUGAUUGAAGACGUGAAGAGUCGCUGGGGAACAGAGGAUCUAGAGGACAACAACAUGCUUUAUAGGUUCCCCAUAACCUCUCCAUUAAAGCAAAUUCCAGCCCCAGCUGCAGCCACCGGCCCCUUGAAGAGGAGUUUCUCCUUUAGGGAUAAAGAGGGUCUCUUCAGGUUCAGGAGCGUGAAGAAGCAUGACAAGGAGACUCAGGAAAACGUAGAUCCCACCCUCCAAAUCCAGACAGAGGAAGUGAAUCAACCAAUGGGGGAGCAACAGGUCCAGAGACGAGGACUGACAGAGGAGGAUGAGCAGGAAAUCUGGAAAGACAUCACCCUGACCCAUCUCCAGAAGAUUCUGGGUCUUGCUUGUCUGGAUGAGGUUUUAGACCACCGUCUUCUCAACCCACAGAAUAUCAUCCAUAAUAUGACCAAAGUCAACAAGCACGGAGUAGUCACGCUGGAGGACAAGACCAAUGACCUCCCCCACUGGGUUUUGUCAGCCAUGAAGAGUUUGGCCAACUGGCCAAAGUAUGACAGCGGGCAGCCUUCCUAUCCAGGCUUCGAGAGGGACGUCUUCAAGACGGUGUCCGACUACUUUUACAGUCUCCCUCAGCCAUUACUCACAUACGAGCUCUAUGAACUGUUUAUCAAUGUCUUGGUACUGUGUGGGUAUGUUGCAGUGCCCCCCAGGCCUCAGCGGGGGAAGCGUAAGCUAGCUGACCCCCCAUCCGUCCCCCCUCCUGCCAAGACGUCAUUCCGCUCGACGGAGUGUCUCCUCCUGUCACUUCUCAGACAGGGCCUGUGUGAGGAGGCGGAUUCACCAAUAAACGAGGUGUUUGGCACCAAGCUCUGCUCACUGCUGAAAGGAAGUGUGGCCGGGCAUCGGUUCAGUAUUGGCGACCGAUCAUCAGGAGGCAGCUCUUUGAGCCUUGACCAAUCAAAAGGCUUGAUUGGCUCCACUAGGCCCCGCCCACGAAGCUACUCAUUAGAGACUGUCCUGGAUGACGCCACCCCUCCUACUCAGCGACAGCUUUUUUUGUCCAAUGACAGCCUUGCAUCUUCCUCCAGCUUAAGCCGUGGCAAGGACACCAGCAAUGCAGCUAAAACACGAGAUGGCAGCCCAGACCUGUCAUCCAUCUGCACGGCAACUUCCUCUUCCUUUGAGAAUGCCUCAGAGUGUACCACCAGAAACAGAUUGUCUGUGGCUUCUGUGGCCGCACUGUCCAUCAAACGGUCCCGCCCCUUGCGGCCGAAGAGUGCAGGGAGCUGUCUGGACAUCGUCAUGGAGACUAGGGAGGAGGUCACCAAGGAGAGCAAGUGGCACGGCCGUGUGACAAGCUGCCUGAAUGUGAACACUCCACAUGAGACACUAUGUUCCUCUUCAUCCUCUUCCAGACUCUUCCUCCCUCUUUCAUCCUCUUCCUCAUCCUCCCACACUUCUUCUUCCCUGCCGUUCCCCUCCUUACCUUCAGCGCCUUCGGCUAAAGUACCUGGACCUCACACUGCCAUAGGGGCCUUUGGGUCCAUACGUUCUUCCAGCACCACUAGCAUUGCGACCCGGCCCGAUGCUGCUGCUGCUGCUGCUGUGGCUGCUGGCUCUGCUCAACGCUGCCUCAGCUCUCAGGACCUCUCCAAGCUGUCCCGACCUGUCGCACUGUUCAAACCGCCUGUCUGUCUGCCCACCAGCUCCUCUCAGGGCCCGCAAACCAACUCUGAGAACAGCCUUCUCCAGCCGCAGUGUGAGCGUGUUGCCAUUGAGGCCCUGCAGCUGUGCACUCUCCUACUCCCCCCCACUUCCCGCAGGAAGUUGCAGCUCCUCAUGAGAAUGAUGUCCCGCAUCAGUCAGAACGUGGACAUGCCCCCCCUACACCACGCCAUCGGAACCCGCACGCUGGUGGUGCAUACGUUCUCCAGCUGUGUCCUCGGCAGUGCCGAGGAGUGCGACCUGGACGAGCUGCUGGCCACCAGGCUGGUGUCAUUUCUCAUGGACCAUCAACAAGACAUCCUCUCUGUUCCCGAGUACCUGCUCUGGGCCAUCACUGACCAUGUACAGUACCUACGCACAGCACAGCUCCCAGCUGUCAGUGGUUGUGGGUUUGGCGACAGAGAUCCGGGUGGCAUUCCGGUGCCUAUUCACGCCUUUUGUCGUCAAAUAAGCAGCGUUGAGUUUGAACAGCAGAGAGUGACGUCUUCCCAGAAGGCCAUGGAGGAACUACUGGAGAUCCUGCUGACGGACCAAAACAUCAGUGAAAAAGAUAGAUGCAAGAAGCUCAAGCAGUUCCAGAAGCAGUACCCGGAUAUCUACCGUCGUCGCUUCCCCCCCGCAGACGGAGAGGACAAGCAGGACAGCAAACCAAAGAUCAAACCCGCCCUCCUCAACCUGAAAAAGACCAGAGCUUUCAGCAUCAGAAGCUAAACUACCUUUACGGAUGCGACCGGCGUAGAAACCUCCCGUUCUGAAUGCAUCACCGCUGCACUCCUGUUAGGAGGCUUGGCAGGUGUCGUGUGUCGGUUUCAGCCGCUAGGAAGUACAAGGAAUGUGUUGGCUGACAUUUUCUCUAGAGCUACCACUAUUACACAUUUAGAGGCUAGCGUGCACUAGUAAUGCCGAGAAGGGGGUUUCUACACCGUGUGUGUGUGUGUGUG